AUGGGAAACAUGGUCGACCGAAAUGAGAUACCUCCCGGAGAGGAUGAAAUGGAGGCGGAGGAGGAAGAGGAAGAACAGUUCACUUGUGAAAUCUGUGUGGAGCAGUACUCGACAAGAAAAUUUAUAUUUAAAAAGAAGAAGAGGUGCCAUGAUCACGGCCGAUUCUGUAUGGAGUGUAUCUUCAAGUAUAUUGAACGAAAGCUGGAUGACAACAUCUCAAGGAUCCCUUGUCCAGCUCCAGAUUGUGAGGAGCUUUUCGACGCUCUCUCUUGCAGGCCCAUUGUGCCUCACCACUUAUUUCAGAAAUGGUGCGACGUGCUGUGCCGAUCAGCCAUUCAAGGACUUGACACAUGCUACUGCCCAAAACCCGACUGCUCCGCACUCAUUAUCAACGAGUGUGGAGAGAGGACGGUGAUGAAAGCUAAGUGUCCGCAAUGUAAGAACCACUUCUGUUUCAAGUGUAAGCAUCCGUGGCAUGCCGGCUAUGGAUGCCAUGAGGUUGGAGAGACAACCCAUCACAGUGACAUCCAGUUUGGAAAGCUUGUUGACAGAAACAAAUGGAAGAAAUGUCCCGGUUGCGGAUACUGCGUUGAGCGUGUUGCCGGUUGCCGUCAAUUUUUUGGGUUUGCAAAUGUUGAUUCUAACAUUUCUUUUUCCGACCACAAACUAUCAAGUGGUGGUGCUGUUGUAGUGGCCACGACAGGGAUUGAGGGAGGAGGAGAUGGAUCUAAUGGAAGUCGUGGUGUUGUUGUGGCGAUGGUGACGGGUCCACAGCCGUCCUUUCCAUCGCCAACCGCAAUCAUUCGAAGCCAAGCUCGCAACCGCUCAAUCCUGCCGGCGCCAUCAAACCCAAUCACGACCGAGUUUCUUCAUAACAGCCCAUCAUCGGAAUUGCAACUUCUUUAG